AAGAGGGGACAAACAAAGAUGGGUGAGGGAUGGUGUAUUGGCCUUAUAUUCUUGGUCAUAUGAGGUGACUGAUUUAGUAGGUGGUGUAUCAACAACAACUCAAAUGUCCCUUGGCUUUUUGUGGUUGUUUAUUCAGCCCUAGUAGGGAACAUAAAGGGGACAAGAAUGGGGAAUAUCUUGGUUGAUGUUGUGUUGGGAUAAUGAGGGAUAUUUGGCCUGGGAUUUAUAGAAAAGGAUAGAAGGUUUUAUUUGUUUAUUAAAAGGUUUAAAAGAAAGAAAAUAACAACAAACAAAGGUUGUGGUUUACACACUCUUAUUUUCGGCCAGGGCCUAAAAUAGGAGUAGGAAAACUUUAUUUUGAAAAGGAAAUAUUUUGGAUGUUUAGGGAAGGUAUGGAGAGUGUGGGCUCAGCCUAGGGUGGGUGUAGGACAACCAUGGUGUUGGGUUGGGUUCUAAGACAGGAAAAUGGAGAAGUUUCAACCCAAUUAAUGUCACCACACUUGGGCUUUAUUCCCCUGAUCUGUCUUUCCCUUGGCGGGCUACGGAGAAGAAAAUGUAUUAUAGGGUUCCAAGGGAGACCUUGUUGAGAUGCCUUGAGUCUAGAGGGAUUCUAGAUGCAUACAUCCGUGUGGUGAAGGACAUGUAUGCCGGGGCGAUGAAAGAUUUGAAGGCUGGUGGGGGUGAUAGUCAAUUUUUGGGUGGGGAUAGGGGUAUGCUUUUAGUUCUUUCAUCUUUUCACCGUUUGUUUUUCAUCUUCAUCAUUAUCGUUUCCUUUGUGGUUUAUAGGUUUUCAAUCGAACAGCCGAAGAAGUCAGAACUGAAGAAGAAAGUGAAACAGGCGACACCGCAUGUUUUGGAUGUUGGACUCACCACACUAGUAAUGGCUCUCAAAACGGCAAUCUGCAACAAUAAAGCCGUCCUGGAUUGGUCUCCAUCUGAGUGCAUCUUUAAGUUGAUCUUUUUACUCUGCCUCCCGGAACUGAAAAAGACACUAAAGGCAAUAAGAAUGAUUGCUUUCAAAACUGAAGAGCUUCAAAUGACAAGUGUGUCCAUGGCACGAUGUGGAAAUCUUCUCGAGCUAGCUCUUCUGCUUAUGGUGGCUUGGGAAAAGCUGUUAGAUGAAAGCACCGACUUAGAUGAAUGCAUUACGAAAGAGUUACAAUGGACAGUUAUUGAGGAGAUUAAAUUGUUUUGUCACAUCGGUUGUGAGGAGGUUCUCAAGGCACAUAAGCGUAGAGAGAAAUUGUUGCUCUCUGCAGGUUUGAUGCUCCACAUUUUUGAACAAGCUGGUGGUGUUCUUGACAAGUUUCAUCUUUCAAAAAGAACAGAGCCAAUUGAUCGACAUGAUCUCGCAAUNUUAAUUGUUUUAAUAACUCCUGAAAUGACUUUUUUUAUUUGCAAACUUUGGCCUCUAAAAGAGGAUUUUGAAUGCUAGCUGUGGUGUCAAAGAUUUGGUUGUACGGAGUAUUAAAAAAGCUAAGAUCAAACU